ACUGUGGGCGGUGAAUGGGGCGUGGUCAUGUCGCCCCGCCCCGCCCCGCGGCACGCUGGGAGCGGAAGCGGCGGCCGCGUUGGAGUGAGGUGGGCAGCAUGGCGGCCGGCGGCAAGAGGAGCCUGGCGGAGCUGAGCCUCGACGAGUUCCUCGCCGCCGGUUCCGAGGUGGAGUUUGACGGUUCGGAGGAAGAGGAGGCCGCGGCGCGGGGACGGCGGAGCGCGAAGGCGAAGCAGCCGCUCCAGGCCCGGCCGGCUGCCCGGAAGAAAGGAAAGGCAUCUGAGCACAAAGAUCAGCUCUCUCGGCUGAAGGACAAAGAUCCAGAAUUUUAUAAGUUUUUGGAGGAAAACGAUCGCACAUUGCUGGAUUUUGAUGCUUCAGACAGUUCUGAUGAGGAGGAGGGAUUGCACGUACCACCUGAUACACUGGAGGAAGCAAGUGAUGAAGAUGAAGAACAUGAAACAGUCAGACGGAAGAGAGUUUCUUUCAUCCCUGUGACCUUGAAAAUGGUUGAAGAAUGGAAAAAAGCUGCAGAGAGAAGGCUAACACCAAAACUUUUCCAUGAAAUCACUCAAGCAUUUAAAGCAUCUGUAGCAACCACCAAAGGAGAUAGUGGUGGGGCUGAUCCUAGCAAAUUUCAAGUCACUGAUGCUGCAGUGUUCAAUGCACUCGUGUCCUUCUGUGUCCGGGACCUCUUCCGCUGCCUGCAGCAGCUGCUUCUUCUGAAAACCCCGAAGAACAAACUAAAAAUGGUCCUCCCUUCCACCAGCCCGCUUUGGAGCAAGCUGCGACUGGACAUAAAAGUGUACCUCAAUUGUACCAUACAACUCCUGUCUUGUUUAACAGAAGCCUCAGUUGGCGCCGCAGUCCUUCAGCAUGUCAGUUCCAUAGUGCCUUAUUUUUUGUCCUUUCCAAAGCAGUGCCGUGCUCUUCUCAAGCAAACAAUUAAUUUGUGGAGCACAGGUGAGGAAACUGUGAGAGUACUGGCCUUCCUUGUGCUGAACAAGAUCUGCCGCUACAAGAAAGAGGUGUACCUAAGUCCCUUGCUCAAGCAAAUGUACAUCGCAUUUGUGAAGAAUUCCAGAUUCACUUCUCCCAAUGUCCUGCCCAUGAUCAACUUCAUGCAGCGCACACUGGCAGAGAUGUAUGCCCUGGACACACAUACCUCAUACCAGCAUGCCUUCAUCUAUAUCCGUCAGCUUGCCAUUCACUUGCGCAGUGCAAUGACGAUAAAGAAGAAGGAGAACUUCCAGUCUGUUUAUAACUGGCAGUAUAUCCACUGCCUACAUUUCUGGUGUCGGGUUCUCAGCACAAUCUAUCCCAGUGAGGUCAUGGAGCCGUUGAUCUAUCCUUUGACACAGGUCAUCAUUGGGUGUAUAAAGCUGGUACCGACGGCUCGUUUCUACCCUCUGCGCAUGCACUGCAUCCGUGCGCUUACACUGUUGUCUGAGAACACCAGGACCUUCAUCCCAGUGUUGCCAUUUAUCCUGGAGAUUUUCCAACAGGUGGAUUUCAACAAGAAGCCAGGACGUAUGAGUGCUAAGCCUAUAAACUUUGCAGUGAUCUUGAAGCUUUCCACUGCCAACCUGCAGGAGAAGGCCUUCCGAGACGGACUCAUUGAACAGCUCUAUGACCUGAUGCUUGAGUAUCUCCAUUGCCAGGCCUACAGCAUUGGAUUCCCAGAGUUGGUCCUCCCCACUGUCAUUCAGCUAAAAUCUUUCCUGAAGGAAUGCAAGAUUGCCAACUACUGCAAGCCUAUCCGGCAGCUCCUGGAGAAACUGCAGGAAAAUUCUGCCUACAUCGCCAGCAAGCGUCAGAAAGCUACCUUUGGCGUGGCCAGCAGGGAGUCUGUGGAACAAUGGGAGAAGCAGGUCAAAGAGGAGGGGACGCCUCUGACCAAGUAUUAUACUCAGUGGAAGAAGCUAAGAGAGAAGGAGAUACAACUGGAAAUCAGCGGCAAAGAAAGACUUGAAGACUUGAACUUCCCAGAAAUCAAGCGUAAGAAGCAAGAUGAAAGCAAGGAGGAAGAUAAGAAGGAAUUCAAGGACCUUUUUGAGCUCGACAGUGACUCUGAUGAGGAGAAUGUUGGAUUCUCUAUAAAAGGUAAAACCAAAGCCAAGCAGGAGUCAGAUGACAGUUCAGAAGCAAGCAGCAAGGACUAUGGCGAGGAUGAUGAUGAUGAAGAAGGGAAGUAUGAAAUCGAGGAGGACGAGGAAGAAUUGGAAGAAGACAGUGACUCAGAUGAGGAUGGCGAAGCAGCCGCUCGGGUUUCCCGAGGGUCACAGAGGCAGAGGAGCUGCACUGGUGGGAUGUCGCGGUCUGACCUCGAACAGCUAGCCCAAGGAGAAGAGGACAUUGUGGAGGACUUGGCUUUCUCCGAUGAUGACUGAGGGCCCCCACAGCCCCCCCUCCAUGCUUAGCCCUUUCAGACCUGCUGCGUACCGGAUCACCCAGUCUCCAGCACCCGCUGCUGGGUCUCAGAGAGGUGGUAAGAGCUGGGGAGCAUGGAGGGUGGGAGGCCAGUCCCAGGUGCCACCAAGGACUUCUCAGUGACACGGCAGAGAUGCUACUCGGACUUUCAAGCUUUUUCUAACAGUUAUGAUUUUAGUAACAGUAAAAUUGUGGUCACGUCAAGGCCAGUAAAACUGUUCAGUAGAGCUAAUAAAAAGCCCUCAUUAAAAUCUGCUGCUUUAAAUAGCACAGGGUUCAGUUUCAGCUCCUGCUGAAGCAUAAGUGAACUGACCAAGGGAAGGACAAGUUCUUUUGUCCAAGGGUCCUCCUGUCUGUUUGGCCAACUACCCACGUCACCCCAUAUCUUGCUCUGGGCCCCUCACCAAACCCUCCCUUUUGCCAGGAAGUUCUUCAGGAUUGCAUGGAGUGUUUGAGAGCUUUGUAUCUUCACUGCAAAUGGAAGCCUUUUUCAGUAGCAUCAGAGGCAGCUCAGUCAGUUCACUCAAGCUGGCUGUAAGUAGCUAAAGAAGUUAACUUUAAGUGCCUUAGGCUAUGGAAAGGGCAGGCGGAACGGGAGGUUGUACAGGCAGGAAGGCGUAAGAAGCAAAACUAAUAAUGUAGGAAACACAUACUUUCAUUUUGUGAUAGCCGUUGGCUUUGCAUGGGAUACAUUUGCUUAGCGAAAACAAAGGACAACUCUGAGCCCAUGCUUUGUCACACACCUAUUGUUACCCAUCGAGACAUGAAGUCACCUCUUUCUAAGGCCAGUCCCAGCUGCUGAUGGUGGUGGUGAACACAGGUUUGUUCUGAGUCCUGAAACCAGCAGUGACAAUUGCAGGGCUGUCUUGGGCACCCAGCCUUUCUUUAUUGCCUCAAAGCCACUGCACCACCUGGGCAGCCUCUGGGUGCAGCUCACUGCGUGUCGCCCUGCCGGAGCGGUGCUUGGGGGAGGACAGUGUGUAGCUCAGGGUGGGUAAGGGCAAUUUGUGAUCUGCUGGGAAAAUAGAAACAGCUUCUCUCUUGAGAGCACUGUUAGUUUGCAGGACUGGCGGCUAGGAAACAUAUUUCUUUGGCAAAUAAACUGGUAAUAGAAGGUAUUUGCUGAGAGAGGUAGGAAAAGUUAAGUAUUCUUAGAACGUAACUGACAGAAUCGCUGCUGAAAAUCAACUGUGCCUUUUGAGAGCAUUGUUAUGUGUUAAUGCUGAUUUUCUGGAAAGAAGAUAAAGGACUAGGGAUAAAUAUGAUCUUCAUUCUCCUCUGCCACCAUUCAGUGAGGUCAGUAGCUGCCUGCCAGCGCUAGGCUGGCCAAGCUACCUGCACAGACAUGGUCACCUCUGCCUUCUGCAGUGCCUGCGUCGUCCCUGCCAGGCAUCCUUACUCCUGCACACCACAAGAGCACAAGAUGGUUUUUCAAAAAAAACAUUUUAAAAGAAAAACUUCUUUCCUUUUUUUUUUUUUAAGUUCUAUUUUCAUGGAGUCAGAAGAACCACAGCUCAGAGAACACUGCAUUAUUGCAGAUAAAAACCCAAAUGUACUGUAGCCUGGCUGGUGGUCUUGCUCUCACCCACCUGUGUGAGUGAUAACUCAGUGUACAUAACGAGGUAAUUAUGUUCUUCCUGUCCGACACUGAGUGCUGCUCCCUUCCUGCUUCCAGACAUCAUUACUGCACAGGUAAUUACUGCUCUAGGACAGGGUUGUGGGGUGUUUGCUUCAUUCAGUUCUUUUUGGAACAGGAAUAGGGAUAGAGAAAGCUUCUUUUUCCCAGCUGGGGUUAAUCAUGACACCUGCCCUUCCUAGACAUGCACCCAGAUACCCUUUGUCCUGUAAGGGGCAGGAACCAACCUUGGACAUUACUAAUUAUUUGGGUCUUAUUAACAUCACUAUUAUUAUCCUUUAUAGCCCACACUGAGGGGGCCAAAGCACCUGCUGCUUCAUUGGGGUUUGGGAGGGCUCAAGCCUGAGGUUCACAGUUCCACGGGGGAGCCUGGGCCCUGACUGCCAAGAUGAGAAGGCGGCGGCUCUAACUUACCUUUUCUUCCAAAAGAGAAAGGAGUUGCUGCUGCUUCUUUCUCUAACUUGGCUGGGCAGUGCUGUCUGCCUUUGGGCAGCUGUGACCCAACCCUCAAAUCAGCUUUUAGGCCAGAAAUGUACCAGCUCCAACGCACCAAGAGUUACCAGCAGCAAAGGGCCCGGCCCCAGAGCACACCCCGGGAGGAAAGGAGACAGCUUGGGUAAAGCAACCAUUUGCAAGGAGCUCAGGAAGCUAGGUACCAUUUGUAAAUUAAGUGUUUUUCUUUUUUAUUUAAAUUGAUUGCUGGAAAGCAUUUUUAUCAUGAUGUGAUGGAUAAUGACUUUUUUUUUUUUUUUUUUUUUUACAAUAUAAAGACGCUAAUGUACCACCAAGCUAUUUUGUAAGAAAAACGGUAGCACGUGCAACGUUUAAACAAAAAAAAAAAAAAAAAAAGAGGGAGGGGGGGAGAGAGAAAAGUACCACAUGUGAUUGUUGUUCACAACUGUACAAGUCACAGGAGGUCACCCCCAGGAGUUACCAUCAUUCACAGUAGUAAAAACUCCACCCAUUGUUUGUAGCCUGAAUUCCCCCAGCAUCCCUCCCCCUCCUCUGGGAACGCACAGGUAUCUGUCUCAUGGUCCACAGCAGGCCAGAAUGUGCAACUACAUCCACCUCUGUAACAAGGCUUUAAAAAGAACAAAAACAACCCAUGAACAAAAAAAACCCACCCCAACUGUAUAAAUGAGUCUGUUGUACAAGUGAAGGAGAGAGGGGGCCACACUGAAAUGCGGCCUGUGACCCUUCAUCCAGCUGAAGCACACACUUCUUUUCUUCUCUUUAAAACAAAACAUCUAAUGAAAAAAAAAAAAAAACAAAACAAAACAACAACAAA